AUGGAGGCAAAGAGAGUUAGGGCUAUAGUGAUAGUUUCCUUGGUGCUUGGAUUGCUCAUGGGACAGUCCACAGCUUCUAAAUUCAAAGACUGCUAUGAAGUAUGCUUUGCUACAUGUUUCCCUGAGAAAAAAGACCCUAUCUAUUGUGGUGGCCAUUGCUUGAGAAAAUGCAUUUUCCAUCCUUCUUCUUUGGACACCCAAACAUACCCCAAACACUUCUGCAAGCUUGGUUGUGCUACUUCUUUAUGCAACAAUAUAAGCACCAAAGAUAAUCAUAAUGGAGGAAAAGUAGAGACUUGUGUGGAUUCAUGCUCAAGGAUUUGCACUGCUACUUAA